AUGCGGUGUCUUCUUCUUAUUCUCGUCGCCAUUCUCGCACUUGUCGAUGCUCAGUGUAAGUCUGAAACUCUCCACUUUCAACUGCUCAAUCUCUUCUUAUUUCAGGGGGCUACGGCGGCAUGGGAGGCAUGGGAAUGGGCGGAAUGGGACCAUACGGAGGAGGCAUGAGUCCGUACGGAGGCAUGGGCGGAAUGGGCGGCAUGGGAUACGGUGGCGGUAUGGGCUACGGCGGAGGCUGGAGACGACGCAUGAUGGGCGGCAUGAUGAACCCCUACAUGGGAAUGAUGUACGGCAAAUGA